GAGAAGACAACUAGAUUUUAAGCAACGAAAAGAUAGAAUCUGUGAGGCAAAGCAGAAGGAAAUUAUUUCUUUGUCAGAGAUAAUCACUGGAUGAAAGUAAGGAGAUUUAUAUUUGUUCAAGAAUUAAGGAGAGUCCUGAAGCAUGGAACAAUGCAUUAGGAGAAAACAAGGUAUGUAUCUUUUCUUGUUGCUUUGUCUUCCUGGCUCAUUAUGUAUUUCAAUCUACUAUUCUAUGCCUGAAGAAACCAAAAGUGGUUCUAAAGUGGCUAACGUGCUGAAGGACUUGAAAUUGGGAAUACAGGAAUUCUUUGAUCGCAGAGCCCAUCUCGCUCCUGAAAGCACAAAACAGCAUUUCUCCCUUGAUAUUCAUACUGGGGAUAUAUUGAUAAAUGAUAAAAUAGACCGAGAUGUUCUGUGUAGCCAGACAGACUCUUGCAUACUUACCUCUCAAAUUGUGCUUGACAACCCACUGGAAUCAUACAAUAUUGAAAUACAGAUAGAAGACAUAAAUGACAAUGCUCCCAAAUUCUCUAAAAAUGAAUUUGAGAUAGAAAUUCCUGAGAAUGUUCCUGCAAGUAUGGCAUUCCCCUUGGAAUCUGCACAUGAUGAGGACCUGGGAGAAAACAGCAUCCAAAACUAUACACUCAGCUCCAAUGAAUAUUUUUGGCUGGAUGUGCAAAGAAACAAAGACGGAAUUAACAAUGUGGAUCUUGUUCUGAAGAGACCACUAGACAGAGAAAAGAUGCCACACCUUAAUCUUACUCUAACAGCUGUUGAUGGUGGGGUGCCACAAAAAACAGGCACUGUUCAAAUUAACAUUGAUGUUCUGGACAAUAAUGAUAACUCCCCUCAAUUUCUUCAAUCUGAAUAUAAGGUAAGAAUAAAGGAAAACCUUCCUAAGGGCACUGAGGUGGCUAAAGUAGAAGCUACAGAUCUUGAUUUUGGUUCAAAUGCGCAGAUCCUCUACUCAUUCCAUCGAGUUCCUGAAAGAAUAAACGAUUUGUUCCUUUUAAAUGAAAGGACUGGAGAAAUCACCAUUUGGGGACAGAUAGAUUAUGAAAAAGAAAAACGUUAUAGCAUGAACAUCAGAGCAACAGAUGGAGGGGGACUUUCAGGGCGCACCAAGAUACUGAUAGAGAUUGAAGAUGUGAAUGACAACCCCCCAGAGGUGUCCAUCAUAUCUCUGACCAGCAUCUUAAAAGAGGAUUCCCCUUUGGAGAAGGUGGUGGCCCUCUUCAGUGUUAGAGACCAAGACUCUGGAGACAACAGCAAAACAGUCUGCUCUGUGGAGAUGAACCUUCCUUUUGUGCUGAAAGCCACCACAAACAACUUUUAUCAGCUUGUGCUCCAAAGUCCCCUAGACAGGGAGACCCUUGCUGAGUACAACAUCACCAUCACAGCCAUUGACUGGGGCUCUCCUAGGCUCACUUCAACAAGAAUGAUUAAUAUUCAGAUCUCUGAUGUCAAUGACAACCCUCCGCUUUUUGGAAAGUCUUUAUAUGACAUGCAGAUCCGGGAGAAUAAUAUCCCAGGCUUGCUCAUUGGCUCAGUCCAUGCUGUGGAUCUGGACACAAAGCUGAAUGCUAAAGUGACUUACUCUCUUUUGCCUGAGAAGGGUGAUGUCCUAGUGCCCUCUUCCAUCUCGGUCAACUCUGAAACUGGAAACGUGUAUGCCCUCCGAUCCCUGGACUAUGAGCAGAUAAGAGACUUCAGAGUUACUGUGAGGGCGACUGAUGGUGGUUCUCCUUCCCUGAGCUCAGAGGUGAUUGUCCGAAUCAUUGUCAUAGAUGAAAACGACAACGCUCCCUUCUUCCUGUAUCCCCUCCAGAACAGCACGUCCCCAUGCAAUGAGCUGGUUCCCAAGUCGGCCGAGGCCGGCUAUCUGGUCACCAAGGUGGUUGCAGUGGAUGGAGAUUCUGGUCAAAACGCUUGGCUUUCCUAUGAAUUGCUGAAGGCCACGGACCCAGCCCUUUUCAGCAUAGGAGCACAGAAUGGAGAAGUGAAAGCCAGGAGAGCCCUGAACGAGCGAGACACAAACAAACAGAGGCUAGUGAUACUGGUCAGGGACAAUGGUCUUCCUCCCCAGACCAGCACUGCAUCGCUUAACGUUCUUCUUGUGGAUGGCUUUUGGGAUCCCUUCCUGAGGAGGGUGGAUGUCAGUGUGCAAGAACCGGAAGGAGAUAAAACUUUGACCACGUAUUUGGUGAUCUGCUUGGCUGCAGUCUCCUUUGUGUUCCUGUUCUGUAUUGUUGUGUUCAUUGUGGUCAAAGUCCUCAAGAAGGAUCCCCAAAGCAACUUCAGUGCUGCGCCUCCUCACUUCCCACCUGCCGGUGCUGAUACCCCAGAGAACUAUGCUGAUUCACAGAAUGGGUCACUUUCCAGGGCUUACCGUUAUGAUGUUUGUUUGACUGGUGGAUCCUUAAGUAGUGAGUUCCGAUUUCUCAGGCCCUUUAUUCCUGUGUUUUCGGUGGGAGAUGUUAACGUCCCAGGGAUCUAUAAGACUUCUUCUUGCUCCAGAGAUAUCCCUAAGCAGGGUGCAGAUAAGCAGUUAAAUGAACAGCUAGAUGUACGAACUCACGCUGAUGGUAGCAAAUAUGCAGAGCUGGUUUUAGAGAAAGCAUUAGACCGUGAGACAAUUCCUCAGAUUACCCUAAUUCUAGAAGCGGUGGAUGGAGGGAUCCCAAGGAGAACUGGUACAGUGCAAAUAAUAAUUGAUAUUUUAGAUGCAAAUGACAAUGUUCCCCAUUUUGAACAAUCUGUGUACAAAGUGCAGCUUGUAGAAAACAGCCCACCAGGUUCAUUGGUCACUAAAGUUGCAGCCAGUGACGACGAUAAGGGUGCUUAUGCUGACAUCACGUACACUUUUAGCCAAGUACCAGGAAAUGUGCUUAAAUCAUUCAAAUUAAACAAUCAUACUGGAGAAAUUACUCUUGUAGGAAAAAUUGAUUAUGAAGAAAACAGUAAUUAUGAACUGAACAUCAAAGCCUCAGAUGGAGGGGGACUUUCUGCUUACUGCAAAGUACUUGUGGACAUCAAGGAUGAAAACGACAAUGCCCCAACAAUAACUAUAUCAUCCAUCACCAACCCCUUACCAGAAAACUCUUUGCCAGAAACAGUGGUGGCGCUCUUUGGUGUCAGGGAUAAUGACUCUGGGGACAAUGGCAGAACUACUUGUGACAUUGAUUCAAACCUACCCUUUAUGCUAAAACCCACAAAGAACAAUUAUUACCAGCUUGUGACCCACUGGCCAUUGGACAGAGAACAAGUGUCAGAAUAUAACAUUACCAUUACAGCCACUGACCAAGGCUCUCCCAGACUUACUUCAAUGAGAAUUGUUCACAUUCAAAUUUCAGAUGUUAAUGACAACCCUCCGGUAUUUGAAAGAUCUUUCUAUGAUUUCCACUUACGAGAAAAUAACAUUCCAGGUCUGCUCAUUGGGUCAGUCCAUGCAGUUGAUCUGGAUGCAGAGCAGAACGCCCAAGUGACUUACUUGCUUUUCCUUGGAAAGAUCAGGGAAGGGCCUGUAUCAUCUUACAUCUCCAUCAACUCUGAAACUGGGAACUUGUAUGCUGUUCGAUCUAUAGAUUAUGAGGACAUACAAGACUUCCAGGUGACGGUGAGGGCUGUAGAUAAAGGCUCUCCUCCACUGAGCUCACAAACAAUGGUCCGAGUUCUUAUCACAGAUGAAAAUGACAAUGCCCCCUUCAUCCUCUGCCCACUUCAGAACAGCACUUCUCCAUCAAGUGAUCUGGUUCCCAGGGCAGCAGAGACGGGCUACCUGGUCACCAAAGUGGUGGCAGUGGACAGAGAUUCAGGGCAGAAUUCUUGGCUUUCCUAUCAGUUGCUGAAGGCCACAGAUCCAAGUCUCUUCACUGUGGGGACUCAGAACGGGGAAGUGAAGACCACGAGGCCGGUGACCAACCGCGAUAGUUUCAAACACACUCUUGUUGUGGCAGUUAGAGAUAAUGGCCGUCCUCCUCAGUCUGUCUCUGCCACACUGAGAAUUCUUCUAGUGGACGGCUUCUCAGAUCCUUACAUGAAAAUUAUGGAUAAUCCUAAGGGUGAAGUCCCACAGGAGGGAGAUGAUACCCUGACAAUCAUGGAACAAUGCAUUAGGAGAAAACAAGGUAUGUAUCUUUUCUUGUUGCUUUGUCUUCCUGGCUCAUUAUGUAUUUCAAUCUACUAUUCUAUGCCUGAAGAAACCAAAAGUGGUUCUAAAGUGGCUAACGUGCUGAAGGACUUGAAAUUGGGAAUACAGGAAUUCUUUGAUCGCAGAGCCCAUCUCGCUCCUGAAAGCACAAAACAGCAUUUCUCCCUUGAUAUUCAUACUGGGGAUAUAUUGAUAAAUGAUAAAAUAGACCGAGAUGUUCUGUGUAGCCAGACAGACUCUUGCAUACUUACCUCUCAAAUUGUGCUUGACAACCCACUGGAAUCAUACAAUAUUGAAAUACAGAUAGAAGACAUAAAUGACAAUGCUCCCAAAUUCUCUAAAAAUGAAUUUGAGAUAGAAAUUCCUGAGAAUGUUCCUGCAAGUAUGGCAUUCCCCUUGGAAUCUGCACAUGAUGAGGACCUGGGAGAAAACAGCAUCCAAAACUAUACACUCAGCUCCAAUGAAUAUUUUUGGCUGGAUGUGCAAAGAAACAAAGACGGAAUUAACAAUGUGGAUCUUGUUCUGAAGAGACCACUAGACAGAGAAAAGAUGCCACACCUUAAUCUUACUCUAACAGCUGUUGAUGGUGGGGUGCCACAAAAAACAGGCACUGUUCAAAUUAACAUUGAUGUUCUAGACAUAAAUGAUAACUCCCCUCAAUUUCUUCAAUCUGAAUAUAAGGUAAGAAUAAAGGAAAACCUUCCUAAGGGCACUGAGGUGGCUAAAGUAGAAGCUACAGAUCUUGAUUUUGGUUCAAACGCGCAGAUCCUCUACUCAUUCCAUCGAGUUCCUGAAAGAAUAAAUGAUUUGUUCCUUUUAAAUGAAAGGACUGGAGAAAUCACCAUUUGGGGACAGAUUGAUUAUGAAAAAGAAAGGAGUUAUAGCAUAAAUAUCAGAGCAACAGAUGGAGGGGGACUUUCAGGGCACUGCAAGGUACUAAUAGACAUUGAAGACAUGAAUGACAACCCCCCAGAGGUGUCCAUCAUAUCUCUGACCAGCAUCUUAAAGGAGAAUUCCCCUUUGGAGAAGGUGGUGGCCCUCUUCAGUGUUAGAGACCAAGACUCUGGAGACAACAGCAAAACAGUCUGCUCCAUGGAGAUGAACCUCCCUUUUGUGCUGAAAGCCACCACAAACAACUUUUAUCAGCUUGUGCUCCAAAGUCCCCUAGACAGGGAGACCCUUGCUGAGUAUAACAUCACCAUCACAGCCAUUGACUGGGGCUCUCCUAGGCUCACUUCAACAAGAAUGAUUAAUAUUCAGAUCUCUGACGUCAAUGACAACCCUCCGCUUUUUGGAAAGUCUUUAUAUGACAUGCAGAUCCGGGAGAAUAAUAUCCCAGGCUUGCUCAUUGGCUCAGUCCAUGCUGUGGAUCUGGACACAAAGCUGAAUGCUAAAGUGACUUACUCACUUUUGCCUGAGAAGGGUGAUGUCCUAGUGCCCUCUUCCAUCUCGGUCAACUCUGAAACCGGAAACGUGUAUGCCCUCCGAUCCCUGGACUAUGAGCAGAUAAGAGACUUCAGAGUUACUGUGAGGGCGACUGAUGGUGGUUCUCCUUCCCUGAGCUCAGAGGUGAUUGUCCGAAUCAUUGUCAUAGAUGAAAACGACAACGCUCCCUUCUUCCUGUAUCCCCUCCAGAACAGCACGUCCCCAUGCAAUGAGCUGGUUCCCAAGUUGGCCGAGGCCGGCUAUCUGGUCACCAAGGUGGUUGCAGUGGAUGGAGAUUCUGGUCAAAACGCUUGGCUUUCCUAUGAAUUGCUGAAGGCCACGGACCCAGCCCUUUUCAGCAUAGGAGCGCAGAAUGGGGAAGUGAAAGCCAGGAGAGCCCUGAACGAGCGAGACACAAACAAACAGAGGCUAGUGAUACUGGUCAGGGACAACGGUCUUCCUCCCCAGACCAGCACUGCAUCGCUUAACGUUCUUCUUGUGGAUGGCUUUUCGGACCCCUUCCUGAGGAGGGUGGAUGUCAGUGUGCAAGAACCGGAAGGAGAUAAAACUUUGACCACGUAUUUGGUGAUCUGCUUGGCUGCAGUCUCCUUUGUGUUCCUGUUCUGUAUUGUUGUGUUCAUUGUGGUCAAAGUCCUCAAGAAGGAUCCCCAAAGCACCUUCAGUGCUGCGCCUCCUCACUUCCCACCUUCCGGUGCCGAUACCCCAGAGAACUGUGCUGAUUCACAGAACGGGUCACUUUCCAGGGCUUACCGUUACGAUGUUUGUUUGACUGGUGGAUCCUUAAGUAGCGAGUUCCGAUUUCUCAGGCCUUUCAUUCCUGUGUUUUCGGUGGGUGAUGUUAACGUCCCAGGGAACUAUAAGACUUCUUCUUGCUCCAGAGAUAUCCCUCAGCAGGGUGCAGAUAAGCAGUUAAAUGAACAGGCUGCAGUUGUAUCCUCCCUGCAUUUCAGCGAUUUGUCCUCUUGCAUCCUGUUCCAAAUGCCUUCUACUUCAGUUUAA